ACAGAAGUUAAUUCACUUCCCGAUGGAUGAGCAAACGCCGAGCAGUGCGUCGACAGUAGAACGAAUCGUACGCCAAGUGUUGCAGUAUUCCGUUCGCACCGGUCACAAUCAUUUCCACAAUCAACUGUUUGCCGGGGUGGAUCCGUACGGAUUGACUGGGAGCUGGAUUACGGAGGCACUUAACACCAGCCAAUACACAUUCGAGGUCGGACCAACGUUUACGCUGAUCGAGGAUGCGGUCAUCGCAAAAUGCUUGCGACUCUUUGAAUUCGGUGAUGGUGAUGGAAUUCUCUGCCCGGGUGGUUCUAUGUCCAACAUGUACGCAAUGGUGGCGGCCCGCUAUCGCACAAUUCCGGAUGUGAAGCGUACGGGUGUAGCGAAUUUGGCGCAUCCGUUGGUUGUCUUUACCUCGGAGGAUGCCCACUACAGCAUCACCAAGGGAGUCCAUUGGCUUGGAAUUGGGCUGAACAAUCUGAUCAAGGUGAAAACCGAUCACCGCGGACGCAUGAUACCGGAAGAGCUUGAACAGGCCAUCAUUUCGGUCCUGGAGUCAGGACGCAAACCAUUCUUCGUUAAUGCAACAGCCGGCACAACGGUUCUAGGUGCGUUUGACGAUUUUAAUCUCAUCGCCGACGUUUGCGAUCGGUACGGCAUAUGGCUACACGUAGACGCUUGCCUUGGCGGUACCGCUAUCCUGUCCCGCCGUCACAAGCAUCUGCUCAGUGGCAUUAGCCGUGCCCGUUCGCUCGCCUGGAACCCGCACAAAACGCUCGGCGCACCACUGCAGUGUUCGAUUUUGCUGAUCAAAGAACGUGGCCUGCUGCAUGAGUGUAAUGCCGCCAAGGCGGACUAUCUCUUCCAGCAGGACAAAUUCUACGACAUCUCGUACGAUACGGGCGAUAAAAGUGUGCAAUGUGGACGUAAGGUCGAUGCGUUCAAGUUUUGGCUCAUGUACAAAGCUCGCGGUUCGGACGGGCUUGAAGCACUCGUCGACAAUGCGUUCGAUUGUGCCGGGACGCUACACGAACGACUGCUCGAAAGGGCCGGCUUCCGGAUGGUGCUGGAAAAGUUUCAGUACACUAACAUCAGCUUCUGGUAUGUGCCUUCGUGGAUGCGUGUAGGCACACCGGAUCAGGAAACGAGCGAAUGGUGGCAGCGCUUGUAUAGCGUUACGGCGGACAUUAAGGAACGGAUGGUAAAGCGUGGCACGGUUCUGGUCGGUUAUGUGCCGCUACUACACAAAGGGAUAGGUAACUUCUUCCGCAUGGUUGUUACGUGUCAUCCGCGACCGACGUAUGCAACGAUGCAGUACGUAAUCGAUGAAAUCGAGCGUGUGGGAGAGGAAUUAAAACCUCGACAAACAACGGAAAACCUUCUCAACAAGACGCUAGAAUCAUAA